GUGAACGGUGCUCAGCAAGUGAGCGUCCGUGGAGCGAAAACAGUACCUGCAGUUCGGACCGCUCCAAGUCCCACUGGGCACGGUCCACCUCGUAUCGGGUCCACUCGUGCUGGAGGAAGUGCAGGAUUCCCGGGAUGCUGUACUGAGCCCGGGCCGCCUCUCCGUCGCCCCCGCCGGACAAGCAGCCGAGGAGCACCGCGGGGCCCGCCUGCUCGUCCAUGGCCGGAGAGAUGCCUCGCAGCUCGGCUAAGGCUGGCGGCGGCCGCCGGGGCUCCUGGUUCGCUCCAGCGGGGAGAGGAGAGUGGCGUCCAUGGGGGAGGGAGGGAGCUGCCGUCCACUGACAGCAGCGACGGUCGGUCCGGUUCCGAACGACGGAAGACGUCAGCUAACGGAAACUAGGCGACAGCAACACUACCGGUCAGGAUUUUCAAAGUAACACACGAGCAAACGGCGACAUUAAACAACAACAACAACAACAACAAACACAUUAAAAGUCAUUUAAUUACCACGUAUUCCUAAGUGGUAAACUUCUCUUAAAUCAGAGAUGCCGAGUAUGGACUGUAUUAAUGUGUGCGUUUUUGUUUUGCUAUGAACAACCAAUCAGAGGACAGCAAAAUGCUGACACCAUCGAGGGUUCGCACGCUGGCCCCGAGAGGACGAAUUUGCAAUGUGAUUGGUUGAAACAACUGUCCCGUUGCUAAAGAGGAGAGCAACACUUCAACACACGAUCAAACGGUUACAUAAACAAAUUAAGUCAUCAUCCUAACGUGACCAAACUCGGAAAAAGGGAACACCGACUUCCUGUGUAUGCUAUGCUAACGAGCGUGGUGACGUGUUGUGUAUCAUAUAUCACUGAUAUACUGGAUUUAUUUUAUAUAUAAAUUUUACAAAACGUAUACAAAUCUAAGCCCCGCAGCCCCCGGGGACCACUGACAGAGAGAGAGAGCGAGAGAGAGAGAGAGAGAGAGAGACCCAGCCGCCACGUGCUAAUCAGCUGAUGCACCGCAGCCGAGUGCGCGGGAGUGUAUUUACGCACUCCGUCAUCGUGAUCAUCAUCAUCAUCAUCAUCGUCAUCAUCAUGCCUCCGCUCGAGAGGAGCCAGCAGCUGCGCAGCAAACCAUUCAAGCAAAGGAAAAGCUUCGCCACCAGGAAGCAAGAAGUGGCCGGCAUCCGCUCCAAAUUCCCCAACAAGAUCCCGGUGAUCAUCGAGCGCUACGAGCGGGAAAAGUUUCUUCCUCCUUUGGACAAAACCAAGUUUCUUGUUCCACACGAACUCACCAUGAACCAGUUUCUCACCAUCAUCAGGAACCGCAUGGCGCUGCUGCCCUCCCAGGCCUUCUACCUGCUAGUGAACAACAGUGGUCUGGCCAGCAUGACUCUUAGUAUGGCUCAGGUCUACAGGGACCACCAGGACGACGAUGGCUUCCUCUACAUGACCUACGCCUCUCAGGAGAUGUUUGGGCAGCUUUAGCACAAACAUACCAAAUUUUUUACUCCCUUGAAGUGUCUGCGUUGUCAACACCUGUCAGCCUGCUAGCGGGUACUAGCUGCUAGCGGACCUGCACCUGGC